CGCAACAAAUAGUUGUCACCGUGACUUUUUUGCUCCGCCCAUCACAAUUUCAUUGGGCAAAUGAAUCUUACCUGCAACCGCUGGAUGUGGUACCAUGACGGUCACAAUUAGAUCCCAUAAGUCCCAAAACCAAGCCAAUCUCUGGUGUUUCUUUACGGUCAACCCUUAUACGAUGGAAAAAAGGAGGUGGUUGGUGAUCGGACUAAUAUGUCUGACCUCCGGAGUGUUUUUAACGUACAAAUAUAAUACUUUGAUUGAUUAUCCUAUCCGUCUGAGGAUUUCGACAGCAUUGCCGGGCGGAAAAGCGCUCCUGAAUUUUACUGAAAAAUUUUUCACACUAGACGUGUUUUAUUCAACGGAGAAAGACAUUGCUACUCCAACAGUGCUCUCGUCAACACAAAAAGGACAAGACCCAACAGUGUUAAUGUUAACAAAGAAAAGACUUUCUACGGUCUUUUUGCCAACACGAAAAGGACAUUCUACAACAGAGAUUUUCCAAACACAAAAAAGAUACCCUACAAUAUAUUCGCCAACACAAAAAGAAAUUCCAUCCGUAACAAUGUUCUCGUCACCUCACAAAGGACACUCUAUGGUGUCUCCGUCUACAAAGAAAGGCCACUCUACAGUGCUUUCACCAAAUCCUUCCAAAAAACCGAAGGUAACGAACAAUUUUAAUGGUACAACACCAAAACCUUUCAGUAAACCAAUGGUUAUGAACCAGUUCAAUGGUACAACACCGAAACCUUUCAGUAAACCAAUGGUUAUGAACCAGUUCAAUGGUACAACAUCAAAACCUUUCAGUAAACCAAUGGUUAUGAACCAGUUCAAUGGUCCAAAACCUAAUCUCACCAUAGUGACAGCAUACUGGAAUCUUGGAACGUUUCAAAAAGGAGAAGGGGAUCUUAAGUUCUCGACGAACACAUAUUUCAAUUGGGCGUCAACAUUCAAGUACCUUGUGAAUCCUCUGGUUGUGUAUACUGACUGCAAAGAGUUCAAGGAGUUGAUGGAGAACCUGCGAUCCGAUCGCCUCAACAACACAAUGAUAUACAUGCUGAAUCGGACAGAACUCUGGCCGUUUCAGCUCAUCAACCAAAUCAGAUCCGUCCUGGACCAACCGGGAUAUCCAAAACAUCACCCCAACACAGUAAUCCCUGAAUAUCCCGCGGCUCAACAUUCCAAAUUUGCUGCUGUGGCGGAAACGAUACGCAAAAAAGUGUUCCAAAAUCCUUAUUACGCUUGGCUGGAUAUAGGAUACUUUAGAGAUGUAGUUGAAAGGAAGUUAGAAUUUUCACUGAGUAUUCCGCCAAAAUUUAACGCAAAUAAAAUAUCUUUUAAUCGUAUUAAUGUUGUUUCUAUGAAUAUAGAUCCUUUCACGAUAUUUCGCAAAAACAUCGUCUGGGUUGGAGGAGGCAUGUUUCUUGGGAAAGGCGAGGUAUUCCUUCAAUUUGAGCAGCUGUAUCACAGGGCAGUCAAAUAUUUUUUGGACCAACAGUUGGUGAAUUCGGACCAGCAGGUGCUGUAUUCUAUAUACAGUAAAAAGGGCAGGGAAGCUUUGAGGCCGAAUAUAGAACUACAGUUGUACAUCCCAAAGGGAUUCGGAAAUCCUUGGUUUUAUUUGGGAUAUUUGUGUAGAAAAGAAGUAACGCUAACAAAAUCAUGAUGCAUGAGAGAGAGAGAGAGAGAGAGAGAGA